CCCCUUCUGGGGAUUUUCCAUCACUAGAGAAGUUAUGGCCGAGUUGUAGCUCCACCCACACAACAAUGCCCAUAAAGGAAAGUAAACAGAAAGCACAUGGAGUAGUAGUGACACAGACAGCAGUACAGGAUGGGAGGGUGCGUUAGCUCUGAGACUGAAGGUCUUUUCUUCCACCCUUACACCAAGGGAUCCCAUAUAAGCUUGAACAGUUGCCUGCACCAAGCAGAACGCCAGCAGAGUUUCCACCAUGGCAUCAUCUUCUCCAACCGACCCCUGCGUGCCAAGGAAAAACUGAAAAUCCGGGUGCUUAAGGAAGAGACGCGUUGGCACGGGGCCCUGCGAAUUGGCUUCACUUCUGAGGAUCCCAGCACCUUGGAGCCCUGUUGUUUGCCACCUUUUGCGUGUCCUGAUCUCACACAGCUCCCUUGCUUCUGGGGGGCAGGUGUCCCAGAGGAGUUGUGUCAGGCAGGGGCACUUCUAAAAUUCUGGUUCAGUGGGGAUGGAAAAGUGUUCUGUCAGCAAAAGGGGGAGCCAUGUGCAAGAGUCCUGUUCUCAGGAAUCCCUAAGAAUGCAAAGCUCUGGGCCAUGCUGGAUGUCUAUGGGAAGACCAAAGCUAUUCAAGUGGCUGGUCCCAGUCAGAAUAUGUGCCAGUGCCAGAGUCAGAUAAACAAAGAUGCCCAACCUUUUGGAAACGGGCACAGCCUGGAAGAGAUUGCAGAGCAGACUGUGAUACCCGCUGCCAACCUGAAUAGCUGCACCGACACCAGCGAUUGGCAUUCACAGAGGAAUUUCCAAAUAUUCUUGGGGGACGAUCCCAGCUGUGUAAUAUGCCAGGACAGGAUGGCUGACACCUUGCUGCUGCCCUGUGGACAUUGCACUUUCUGCCAGUACUGCAUUGAGCAGUUACAGGGACUCAGUCAAAGUUGUCCUCUUUGCCGUCAAACCAUUGUCAGUGCGAAGUAUAUUGGGUGCGGAAAUUCUGUCGCUAACCCAGUAACCUGACAUUUGGAUUGAGCAAAGAAUUGAUGGAGCCUUUUAAUGCGGCUGCACUAAAUGCAUUUUCUGCAAUAUGAGGGCACGUAACCAGCCUGGAAAACCCGACCCAGAAUGGAUAAACUGGUUCUGCUGUACAUUGUGGACUAGAAAUGAACGAGUAAAGAAUGUCUAAUAGUGAUGAUAGAAAUCAUUCGGAAAGGGUUUAAUUGGGCAAAAAGUACCAUAAUUAGAGGGUAACCAUUGCAAUAUCAGGGAAUGUAAUUCGGACAGAUCCCAGGCACUCAGGGAAACCAGCCAAGGAGCGCCAAAGGCUGGAGAUGUUUGUUUUAUACUUUAACAAACAAUAUAUAUUGGAUGGGACAAAACUGGAUGAUAAUAGUAGUAGUUAUAUAGGACUGCAAGACUCCAGGCUGGAAUUAAUCCGGAGUGUGCAACCUGCAGCCAAAGAUUUUUGUUUUAUACUUUUACAACAAUAUAUAUUGGAUGGGACAAAACUGGAGUCCUAGUUAUAUAUAACUGCAGAACUCCAGGCUGGAAUUAGUUAAUCACUAGUGUGCAACCUGCAGCCUUCCAGCUACUGACAAGAUACAACUCCCAGCAACCACUGGAAAUAAUACUGAAAUAAUCUAUAGCCAACUUAAUGCACAUUACUGUAUACUUGGGAAUUAUCAAAUAUCAUACAACAACCAAUGCAAAUAGUAUCCCCUUUAAAAGGAACUAUAUCCAGAAUUCUACUGGUGUAAUCUUAUAUUAUGUACUAAUUAUAUAUAGAGAGAAUAAUAUACCCACUAUUGUAAAAUAUAAGGAUAUUAUAGGUCACUGGGGAAAUCCACGGCCGAAGGUUGAGGACUUUUAUAUGGAUCAGGGAACUCCAAGGUGACUUCUAAUAUCCCAAUAUUAGAGGGUACAUUAUUUAUUAUAAUAUACAUUUGUGUGAGUCAUGUGACAAAAAUGACAUCAAUAAGCUCCGGUUAUAACCAAUGACAUCACCAAGUAACGUUUAUAGGGAUAUAAUUUACACGAUAUUCAUGGCUCUUGUGUAUUGUAAUAUUCUACUAUUACACUUGUACAAUAUACUCAGAUAUCUAAUGGUAACACUGUAUAACAUACCUCUUGUACCUAAUUAUUCUUUUGGGGAUAUAUAUUUUAAGGAGUUAAAUACAGUAGGGAUAUAAAUGGAAUAAAGCAGGUUAUAGGGUAGAAAAACAGGGCAGAUCACUCCUCACUGAUCCGUAGAGAAACAUGCAGACAAACCUACAAAUUCUGGAAAAUCAAGAUUCUGUGACAUGAUAUCACCGCAGCGGCAACAAUAAGGGACUGCACUGGAAAAUUCAUUCAUUGUAUAAAUAUUCUGCUGUCUUUGCGUUUGAUCACCGGCCAAGUGUUUACGUCCUGCCUCUAUAUAUAAUGUGAAUGUUACAUGCAUUUCUAUUUGUCAUGGUCAUAUUUUUGUAAUAUAUUUUAUACUCGUAUCUUUUUUAAUUAUGUGAAUUUCUGAUGAAUAAAGCUGUAUUUUAAUAAA